CUGCAAUUUACGAUUCAGAAACCAUUUUUCAGAUAUCAAUCAAACAGGCGGAACUAAAUUCGAUUCCCUUAAUUCGCUUCUUUCAAUUCGAAACCCUAACAAAAACCCUUUCUGACGAGAAUGGAGUUUGACGAGUACGAGUACCUGGAGAAGACAGUGGAGGAAGGAGAUGGAUCGGGAAAGAAGAAGGAAGAGAGCGAGAGGAGUUACAGGAAGAGAGAAGGAGAGAGGCAUGCCGAAGAAGAGCGAGGUAGCAGCCGAAGUAAGAAGUCUCGAGAAGACGACAACGAAGGUAAGAGAAGGGAUCAAGAUAAAGAGAGACACAGAAGCAGCAGAGAUGGCGACAGAGACAGGGAAAGAAGAGAGAGGGAUAAGAUUAGGGGAGGAUCAAGAGAGAGAGAGAGCGAUAGGGGCAAAAGCCGAGACAGAGAGAGAAGUGAGAGGGAGAAGGAUAGAGAGAGGAGAAGCAGCAGUAGGUCACGGAGGGAGGAGAGGGAGAGGAGAAGCAGCAGUAGGUCACGGAGAGAGGAGAGAGAUAGGAGAAGCAGCAGUAGGUCACGGAGGGAGGAGAGGGAACGUGAAGUGGUAGAAAGAGGAAGCAGGAGACACAAGGACAAGAAAGAUGAGCCUGAAGCUGAUCCUGAGAGAGACCAAAGAACUGUCUUUGCCUAUCAGAUGCCGCUUAAAGCUACCGAGAGAGAUGUUUAUGAGUUCUUCUCCAAAGCUGGCAAGGUCAGAGACGUGCGAUUGAUCAUGGACAGAAAUUCAAGACGGUCAAAAGGAGUCGGGUAUAUAGAGUUCUAUGAUGUGAUGUCUGUUCCUAUGGCCAUUGCUCUGUCUGGACAGAUGUUUCUUGGUCAACCUGUGAUGGUCAAGCCCUCUGAAGCUGAAAAGAAUCUGGCUCAAUCUAACACCACCACAGGCGGUUUAGGUGGUACUGGUCCUAUGGAUAGGAAGCUGUAUGUGGGGAACUUGCAUUUCAACAUGACAGAGUUGCAGCUUAGACAGAUUUUUGAGCCGUUUGGCCCUGUUGAGCUUGUUCAGCUACCGUGUGACCUUGCAACUGGGCAGUGCAAAGGUUUUGGAUUUAUACAGUUUGCGCAACUUGAACAUUCAAAAGCAGCACAGAUUGCCUUAAAUGGAAAACUGGAGAUUGCUGGUAGGACAAUCAAGGUUUCCUCUGUCGCUGAUCAUAUUGGCACACAAGACUCUAAUCCAAAAACAGCUGAUUUUGAUGAUGAUGAUGGAGGUGGACUGGCUCUAAAUGCACAAUCAAGGGCUCUACUUAUGCAGAAGCUGGAUCGUACAGGUCUCGCAACAAGCAUUGUGAGCACUCUUGGAGUACCAGCUGUUAAUCAACCAGGCAUGAACACUGGUUUCCCCACAUCAGUGUUUCCGACACCAGCAAUCCCUUCUUUUGUCACUGAGCCUAUUGGUCAGCCAAGUGAAUGUCUUCUACUGAAGAACAUGUUUGAUCCUGCAACCGAGACGGAACUGGAUUUUGAUGAAGACAUUAAAGAAGACGUUGGCUCAGAAUGUUCGAAGUAUGGGAGAGUCAACCAUAUUUAUGUAGACAAGAAUAGCGCAGGUUUUGUGUAUCUGCGGUUUGACUCGGUGCAGGCGGCAGUGGCAGCUCAAAGAGCGAUGCACAUGAGAUGGUUUGCACAAAAGAUGAUAUCUGCAAUUUUCAUGCCUCCACAUGAAUAUGAAGCCAAAGCCAAGGCGUGA